CCUUAGAGGCUCAUCUGUCUCUUAAGAACAAAAAUGGAAAUCCAUUUCUCAUAACCUACUCCUGUUUCUAAGGAAACCCAUCCUCUUUAAUCUAUUUCUUCUUCAUCCAUAGCCUUCAUCUUUACAACAAAGAUAGCUAAGAUUUUUUCUAUAUAUAAAUAAAGCCCUGCAAUAUAGCUCUAACCACAAGAGACUAACUAACCAAUUAAGAAAACUUUUCAACAUCAACCACCAUGAGGGUUGUUGGUAUUACUACUAGUAUUACCCUUUUCCUCAUUGCACCACUCCUUGGGAAGGCAGAAUCAAUAACCAGAGCAGAUUUUCCAAAGGGGUUUAUCUUUGGAACUGCUUCUUCAGCUCACCAGUUUGAGGGUGCUGUUGAUGAAGGAAAUAAAGGAGAUAGCAUAUGGGAUACUUUUUCAAGGAUACCAGGGAGAAUUGUGGACUUCAGUAACGCAGACAUGGCAGUGGAUCAAUAUCACCGAUUUCAGAAUGAUGUAAACUUGAUGAAGGAUUUGGGAAUGGAUUCUUACAGAUUUUCCAUCUCAUGGCCAAGAAUUUUCCCAAAUGGAACAGGGGAACCCAAUACAGAGGGAAUAAAUUAUUACAACAGCCUCAUUGAUGCUUUACUAGAAAAAGGAAUCCAGCCUUUUGUAACUCUAUAUCAUUGGGAUCUUCCACAGAUGCUUGAAGAUAAAUAUGAAGGAUGGCUAAGCAAACAAAUCAUAAAAGAUUUUGAGCAUUAUGCCUAUACCUGCUUCCAAGCUUUUGGCGACAGAGUUAAGCACUGGAUUACCUUCAAUGAGCCUCACAACUUUGCACUUCAUGGUUAUGAUUUAGGCAUUCAAGCACCAGGAAGAUGUUCCCUUUUGGGUCAUCUUCUAUGCAAGAAGGGAAAAUCAUCCACUGAGCCAUAUAUUGUUGCUCAUAACAUUCUCUUAUCCCAUGCAGCUGCCUAUAGAAGUUAUCACCAACAUUUCAAGCAUCAACAAGAAGGUCAAAUAGGGAUAGCACUAGAUGCCAUUUGGUAUGAACCCAUAACAGAACUUGAUGAAGACAGAGAUGCAGCAGCAAGAGCUAUGGACUUUUCACUUGGAUGGUUCCUUGACCCACUUUUCUUCGGAAAAUAUCCACUCUCAAUGAGAAAACUUGUAGCUGAGAGAUUGCCAGAGAUUUCUGAUGACAACUCAAACCUGCUUGUGGGAUCUUUGGAUUUUAUUGGCAUAAAUCACUAUACUUCUGUGUAUACUCGUAAUGACAGGACUAAGAUUCGAAAACUGGUUAUGCAUGAUGCUACUACUGAUGCUGCUGUCAUUACAACUGCAUACCGAAGAGGAUCUGCAAUUGGAGAAAAGGCAGCUUCAGGUUGGCUGCAUAUUGUUCCGUGGGGCAUCCGAAAGUUGGUUAAACAUGUGAAAAGCAAAUAUGGGAACACACCAGUAAUUAUAACAGAGAAUGGAAUGGAUGACCCAAAUGGACCCUUUAUGAACAUACAAAAGGCAUUAAGAGAUGACAAGAGGAUAAGAUACCAUAGGGACUAUCUCUCAAACCUAUCUGCAGCUAUAAGGCAAGACGAUUGCAAUGUACGUGGUUACUUUGUAUGGUCAUUACUUGACAAUUGGGAGUGGAACAUGGGAUAUACUGUACGCUUUGGACUCUACUAUGUGGAUUUCAGGAACAACCUUACUAGGAUACCAAAAGACUCGGUGCAAUGGUUCAAAAACAUGCUCAGAUUAGAAACAGAAACGAGUAGUGAAAUUUGAAUUGCUUUGUCUUACAUCAAAUGGAUUUUGUAAUUGUAAGGCUCUUUGGAAAAUAGUGAAUGAAAUGAAAUUUACAAAGCAGUAAAAAAUGGUAAUGAAC